AUGCCGCCGUCCAUGCUCAUACCCACUAUCCAAGAACUAGUGGUGUCGGGGACGUCAGAGCGAUGGUAUAGAACUUUGGUUUGUCUCGACGACGGCGAUAUUAAGCCCGUGACGGUGUCUACGGCCAUCCUCGAGGCUCUUAACCAAGAAUAUCAUGACCUAUGCAAUUCAAUGCAGAUAAGCCGCGAAGAUAAUUCGAUGCUGAUAACAUUUCUGCACGAGCUCGGAGUGGUGAUAGGCCAAGGUACCGGCGAACUUCGUACCUUGGUACCAUCGCCAUCUUCUACUGAAACCCUGGUCGUCUCUCGGCCGUUAUCGAGGGUAAACAAAACGUUCACAAGGAACAUGACUAGAGCCGAGAAAAAAUCUUCCUCUUCUUCUGGCCUUGAGCUGGCGCGCCAUAUCACCGACGGGGACCUCCUUCCACUCCUUCGUGGAGGCUUCUCGUCUCUGGACCUGGACUCCACCACCAUCAGUUCCAUCCAUACCCAAGUCGCAUGUCUGGAUAUCGAAGUGCAAUCUUGUCAAAACGAAAUCGCUUCGAUCCAAUCUUCUCUACAACGUAUUCAAGAGAAGUACGAUCAUACCGUGACAGAUCUCUCUCAUAAGAAAUCCCUAUUAUCCCCUAUCCGACGCGUACUACCUGAUGUCCUGCUGCACAUAUUCAAUUUGGCAGCUGAAGAUAGUGAGAUCUGCAUCUCAUCGCCUCCGUUCAUCCUUCGUAGCGUAUGCUACACGUGGAGGGUCCUUGUCCUGUCGUCGCCAUCCCUUUGGUCUAAGGUGAACAUCAAUUUAACUAAAUACUUGGGGGAGACGAGUGAAUCAUACAACUCGAAGAAUCGUCUCCUCCUCCGCACCGCCUUCUCUCUGUCGAGAAAUUGUCCCCUCAGGAUGUCAAUUCGGGUCGUGGGCACCUCCCCAGAGGCAUGGGCGUUAAUGAUAAAUUACAUCGCUCCUACAUCUCAACGAUGGAAAUCCCUUUCUCUCCGUGUCUAUGAUUCGGCAAGCAUCUUUGGCCUUUCGAACAUCUCGGGACGCCUCCCAAUGCUAGAAAGCUUGGAUUUGAACCUGUACAACUCUCAUCCACGAAAUUAUUUUCAUGCGGCGCUUUCCCGGAUUUUCCGCUCCGUUCCUUUACUACGCUCCGUUAAAAUAGCUGGCAACAUCUUUGCCGAAUUAUCGCUUCCUCUUCAUCAACUAACGACCAUCGAUUUCAAACCUGAGCGAUGCCGGACUUCUGAAAAAUCCCUGUUCUAUGGUUGUAUUGCGCAAGGGACGGAACUGGAAUCGUUCACCUUCCAAAGGGCCUAUGAGGGUCCUUCGGACAUGGGCAAAUUUUCGGGACCACUACCGGAAAUAACACAUCCAAAUAUCCGACAGCUUUCACUGGGAUACGAUAUUCCCCCAGAUCUGAAGUAUUGUGCCUUUCCAGCACUGGAGGAUCUGACUCUUUUUGCUUGUCAUAAAAAACUGCAUUCAGGACUCAUUCAUACUGUACAUGAACUUGGAAUGAUCUCCGAAUUGCUGAAGCGCUCCAAACCUCGUCUUCGAUUCUUCGCCGUGUACAGGCCUCUUGCUUUACCAGUUUUCAAUGACAUCGCCAUGGGGACGUUUACGUCUCUCACAGAUCUCGUCAUUGCCGUAAACGAGGAAACGUCAACUGAAAUAGUGCAAAUAUUGGCAGAGCCCUCUUUCGUUCCAUGUCUUCAGCGAUUGUCCCUGCAUAUCUGCUUUACAGCAAGAUCAUUAUUCGAAGAUGAUUCCCUAUAUGGUAUGGCCAUAUCCAGACACAAAUGUGGACUGAAAUCGCUGGUCUUGUCGGUUCCAGACACCGAAGCUUUGAGGACCUACCACUUUCCGGAUAAUUCUGACUGGAAGAGGCGGUUGUUGCAGAUAUAUAAACUGAAAGAAGCUGGAUUGGGAGUGAUCUUCUCAUUGAAUAAAGCAGACUUUUUUGAUGAAGAAGAUGCAUCUAAUGAGCUUGCAAAUUGGCUGAAUGUUUGGACUAUUCUGGAUCGUUUCGCCUAA